GCGGCCUCCGCGAAAACUGUAUCUCAGUUACUGUUUAUUAUUACAUGCUUCUCAUGUAACGUUACAACAAAAACUCCGAAUUUUAUUAUAAUGCUUAUGGAUGAUAUGGGAUGGGGUGACUUGGGAGUGUUUGGUGAACCCAACCGAGAGACAGUCAACCUGGAUCAGUUGGCGAAGGAAGGCAUGAUCUUUCCAAGCUUCUACUCAGCUAACCCACUGUGCUCUCCAUCAAGGGCAGCUUUGUUAUCUGGAAGGCUUCCCAUACGAAAUGGUUUCUACACAUCAAAUGACCAUGCAAGGAAUGCGUACACACCGCAAGAGAUCAUGGGGGGCAUCCCAGACUAUGAGAUUCUACUUCCGGAGAUUCUUAAAGAGGCUGGCUAUAGAAAUAAAAUCAUUGGAAAAUGGCACCUGGGUCAGCAGCGUCAGUACCACCCGCUGAAACACGGGUUCCACGAGUGGUUUGGCUCCCCGAACUGCCACUUCGGACCGUACGACAACAAAGUAACGCCGAACAUCCCCGUAUACAAAGAUGCGGAAAUGGCGGGAAGGUUCUUUCAAGAUUUCCUUAUUGAUACACAGUCCGGAGAGUCAAAUCUCACGCAAUUGUAUAUUCAGGAAGCCCUGACGUUCCUCGAGGCGCAGGCAUCCUCGGGCGCACCGUUCUUCCUUUACUGGGCUGUGGACGCCACCCACGAACCGCUCUACGCCUCCAAGCCCUUCCUGGGGAGGUCGCGCAGGGGCAUGUAUGGGGACGCGGUGAUGGAGCUUGACUAUGGGGUGGGGAAGAUCAUAAACAAGCUCCUGGAGUUGGGUGUCGCCGAGAACACGCUCGUCUUCUUCUCCUCUGACAAUGGGGCCGCCACGUAUGCUAAGACCCAAGGAGGCAGUAACGGCCCCUUCCUCUGUGGAAAGGAAACAACGUUUGAGGGCGGUAUGCGGGAGCCGACCAUCGCGUGGUGGCCGUCCGUCAUCAAACCAGGCCAGGUAUCCCACCAGAUUGGUUCACUUAUGGACCUGUACACAACACUGCUGAAACUUGCCGGCCGGCAGCCACCCGCGGACAGAGUGGUGGAUGGCAUCGAUCUGACGGAAGUGCUGUUGAAGAACACGGAAGUGGAGAGACCGCUGUUCUAUUAUCGUGGUAACGAGCUGAUGGCAGUACGUCUCGGCGACUACAAGGCCCAUCUGUGGACGUGGACCAACUCCUUGCAAGAGUUCAACAAGGGUAUUGAUUUCUGUCCCGGAGAGAACAUUGAAAAUGUCACCACGCAUGCGCAAGUGAACAACACCAUGCAGCCGCUGUUGUUUCAUAUUGGGCGCGACCCAGGCGAGAAAUACGUCAUCAGGCCCAACACGAUGGAAUACAAACAGAACAUCGGGUUGCUCAUGGCCGCCGUGCAGGAGCACCGGAAGCAUCUUGUUCCCGGCAUACCACAACUCAACAUGUGUGACCGCGCAGUUAUGGGUGUGAGAAACUGGGUCAGUGUUACCAAGCCCCUUCAACCAACCCACAAAAGUGUUCUUGGCCACACUAGUCGAGUCACGUGUGAUGGUGUUGAUGGCGGAGGUGGUGAUGUUGGUGAUGAUGGUGGUGAUGGUGAUGGUUGUGGUGUGAUAGUGGUGAUGGUAGUGAUUGUGAUGGAGGUGGUGAUGUUGGUGCUGAAGGUGAUGGCGAUGGUGAUAGUGGUGAUGGUAGUGAUUGUGAUGGAGGUGGUGAUAGUGGUGCUGAAGGUGAUGGCGAUGGUGAUAGGGGUUGUGGUGAUUGUGAUGAUGGGGAAGAUGGUGAUGGUGGUGAAGGGGGCGAUGGUGGUGGUGAUGGAAGUGGUGAGGGGUCAUAGUUGUGGUGAUGGUGGUAAUGUUGGUGUUGGUGCUUGUGAUGAUGGUUAUGCAAGUGGUAAUGGUGGUGAUGGUGGUGGUUAUUUGUCAUGGCUCUGGUGGUGGUGGUGA